GCACUUCGCCGGGAAACCCUUGAUACGGAUCUCGAAUGCCUCGCCCGUGACGUCAUCCGGCCCUGGGUCGAUAAUUGCGACGCCGCAAAGAACUGGCACCAAGACUGCCAGCCUGUUACAACAAGAAAUCCCGACUACUUCCCCACGAGGCUGAUAGACGUUGGAACUUGCCAGGAGGAUAUUGUCCGCCUGGUUGUGACCAGCGAGGACAUCCUCAAGGCUACCGAACCGCCCAAAUACUUGACUCUCAGUUACUGCUGGGGCCAGUCUAAUAGUCCGGCAAAAACCACCCCUCAAAACUACGAGAAACGCCGGGUGAACAUUGACACUGAGAGUCUUCCACGGACUAUCCAGGAUGCCAUUAGACUCACAAGAGUCAUGAAGAUUCGUUACCUUUGGGUAGAUGCUCUGUGCAUCAUCCAAAACCUGGAAGACUUUUACAUGGAGGCGACUAAGAUGGAGGCAUACUAUGCCGGUGGGUAUUGUCUCAUUUCAGCCACCGGCUUCUCAGAUAGCUCUGAAGGGCUAUUUCCUGAUCGACCAAUUGAAAACAACCUCACUAAGACAUCCCAGGCUCCGAAGGAAAAGCCGCCGAACUUCGAUUAUUCUGCCUUGCGUAUCUUGCAUACCGGAUAUGAGAGAGUUAUGGAUUCGCCCUCUCUGUUGUGCAUGUGGCUUGCCUGGAAAGAACUGAUACCGCGGUAUCUUCGCAUGGAACUGAGCUACGAGGAUGACCGGUUGACAGCUAUUCAGGCCCUUGGCCAUCUACUGGCCAAGAAGCAUGGAGACCGGUACUUUGGUGGCAUAUUUCGCUCUUAUCUUGCUGAAGGCCUUCUUUGGAAGGGCAAAAAGAGGCCACUAGGGCAGCGAUCAAGACGCUGCCCUACUUGGUCAUGGGGAGUUGCUAAAUCAGUCGAAUUUAUC